AUGAACACUUUCUCAGUAUUAAAACAUCAACCAUUCUGAAUAAAUCCAAAAAUUUGUUAAAAUUCUAAAGGAUUAAAAAAAUAAAUCAAAGUCCAAAUUGGAAAUUCUUCUUAAUAUUUCGUGGAUAGAAAGCCGAUUGUAAGCCGUUGGAUAGCGCGACCCAAUUCAAAUCGAGCCAAUCGAUCGAGUGAUCGCGAAUAUAUAUAAGAUAAUAUUAUUGGAGGAGAAUUUACGCCGCUCGGUGAUAAGACGGGCGACGUGAAUACGUUUUGGAGUUUUCAAGAUCUUUUGUAAUUUGUUUUGUUCUCUAAAGAAUCACACAUUGUGAUAUCAUUUAGCACUUUUAUAAAAGCUGGAAAAUUCAAGCAACGGAUUUUGAUCUUUGAUUUGUGCUCUUCGAUCGUAAUACAUUAAAAUUGUAAAGCGUGAAGAAAAAUCACUUGACAAGAACUGAAAUCGGAAGCACCGACAACUAACGUCGGGGACAUUCGCAAACAAAAUGAAUAAGUUUGUUUCCCACAACCUGGGUCGCGAUUCAUAUCGCACCUUCAGCCCGGAAAUGUACUCAUCCUUAUCAAGCCCAUUGGGACCGCAUGGAACUGAAAUGGCGGAAGGUAAUGGCGAACUGUUAGAUGACAUUAACCAGAAAGCCGAUGACCGUGGCGAUGGCGAGCGUACAGAGGACUAUCCCAAGCUGCUGGAAUACGGUCUGGACAAGAAGGUCGCCGGCAAACUGGAUGAGAUCUACAAAACCGGCAAGCUGGCUCACGCCGAGCUGGACGAGCGCGCCCUGGACGCGCUCAAGGAGUUUCCCGUCGAUGGUGCCUUGAAUGUGUUGGGACAGUUCCUGGAAUCGAACCUGGAGCACGUGUCAAACAAGUCCGCCUACCUAUGCGGCGUGAUGAAGACGUACCGCCAGAAGAGUCGAGCCAGCCAGCAGGGCGUGGCUGCGCCCGCAGCUGUCAAAGGCCCCGACGAGGACAAGAUCAAGAAAAUCCUCGAGCGCACCGGCUACACAUUGGAUGUGACGACAGGUCAGCGUAAAUACGGCGGACCGCCUCCGCAUUGGGAGGGAAAUGUGCCAGGCAACGGUUGCGAGGUUUUCUGCGGCAAGAUACCCAAGGACAUGUACGAGGACGAACUGAUUCCGCUCUUCGAGAACUGCGGCAUAAUCUGGGACCUACGCCUCAUGAUGGACCCGAUGACGGGCACAAAUCGUGGUUAUGCAUUUGUCACAUUCACAAAUCGCGAAGCGGCCGUCAAUGCAGUGCGACAGCUCGAUAAUCACGAAAUAAAACCCGGCAAGUGUCUAAAAAUUAAUAUAAGCGUACCGAAUCUGCGCCUUUUCGUAGGCAAUAUUCCCAAGUCAAAGGGCAAAGAUGAAAUUUUAGAGGAAUUUGGUAAACUUACAGCUGGCCUAUACGAGGUAAUCAUAUACAGUUCGCCAGAUGAUAAGAAAAAGAAUCGCGGUUUUUGCUUUCUUGAAUACGAGUCACACAAGGCGGCAUCUUUGGCCAAACGAAGACUUGGCACAGGAAGAAUUAAGGUUUGGGGAUGUGAUAUAAUAGUCGACUGGGCCGAUCCACAGGAGGAGCCGGAUGAGCAAACUAUGUCCAAGGUUAAAGUUCUUUAUGUGCGAAAUCUGACCCAGGACGUCUCAGAGGACAAACUAAAGGAACAAUUUGAGCAAUACGGAAAGGUGGAACGCGUUAAGAAAAUUAAAGACUAUGCCUUUAUACACUUUGAGGAUCGUGAUAGCGCCGUCGAAGCUAUGCGUGGCCUUAAUGGCAAGGAGAUCGGCGCCUCGAAUAUUGAGGUCUCUCUAGCCAAACCUCCUUCGGACAAAAAGAAAAAGGAGGAAAUUCUGCGUGCUCGUGAGCGCCGCAUGAUGCAAAUGAUGCAAGCGCGUCCCGGGAUCGUGGGAAACCUGUCGCCGACACAUCCUAGCAUGAUGUCCUUGACGCCCAUGCGCCUCCAAGGGGCGCGCAUGCCGCUGCGUACGCCGAUACCCCGCGAAUACGUAGUCGGUAAACGUAAGUUCGAUGGAGGUCACCAAAAUCCGGCAGAUGUUAAGCGACGUUACCCGAGCGGUUUAAUAGGAAAUGGCGGCAGUUGGGGCAGUUUACCGCUACCACAGCAACCUUUAGGCACCAAUGGUGAACAGUGGUACAUGGAUACGUUUUCGGCAUGGAGUUAAAACCACACAGCAACCCAAUUCAAUCAAUAAAAGCAUCAUUAACGACAACAACAACAGCAACAGCAACAAAAGCAACCACACAAGGAAGUUACAGCCACAAAAAUAUAUAACAACAUUCUCCGAGCGACAUCCUGGAGAAGAAUCGAAUCCUUCGCGUCAUAGUAAAACAAAUAGCAACCGUUCUUAAGAGCAAUAAGUUUAAUUUUCCAGAAACAAUAUAAGGUAUAAGAACCGCAAUUAGCCGCAAUUCAAAAGCAUUGUUAAAGAGAUUCGUUUCGAACUUAGUUCUUUUGCUAUGAACGCCGUAGAUUUCGUCCCUCAAAAUAACCAUAAAUCAAGUCAAGAAAUCAGCAAUAGCAGCAACAAAUAUGUCGAGUAGAGUAUAUGUAUUGUAUGUAAUCACUAAAUAGCCCUUGCAGCAGAGCAUUUUAAACGAAAUCCUUUCAUUUAGCAAAACCACAGUUUAGCAGAUUCUCCCAAGACAUUUUUAAAAAGCGUCAGCCUCACAACUUAGAUAAACCAAAGUAAAAUCGUUUUAAAAGUUCACAAGUGUAUAAGGAAUUUUGUCUCAUAGCGUUUUUAACUCGAAAUUGAAACAAUAAUUGAGCAUAUAUAGCAAAACCUAUACGAAAAUUUCAAAGUAUAAAAUAUAUUUAUCUAUAACUAUAUAGAGAGAGCAGUCUAAGCCCGUACAGAUUGAUUUUAAAUCUUAAGCAGCAUGUAGCACCCUUUUAUACAUUGAAAAAAAAACGAAAGCAGGCAAAUUCAAAAUCAAUUCGACUCGAAGACAUUUUACUACAUUUAUAUGCGUACUGGAAAAUUGCGAGCGCUGAAGCUAGAUACAUAUGGAAAACAUAUAUAGACAGAAAUCAGGCUCAGAUUCAAGAUGAAAAGCAAAGCUUAGUGAGGAACAUUGACUGACAAAAGUAAACAAAAACAACAAAUUAUUAAUUAGAUGGAGUGAGUUGAGAUGAGAACGAUAAGCAAAUACAAAAAUUAAAACGCAGCCAGCAUUGUUAUAUAAUGCGACUGGCGACGGCAACUGGCAAGACUUUCUGCAUAAAUUUGAAAACCGACUAUUUUUUAAAAACGUAAGUUUUAGGCAACUUCAAAUCAAUUAUCUGUCGCAAGUAAACAAAAAUAUGUAGAGCUAAGUAAUUGCACACAUACAAAACUACACCUAAACUCACUGAUAAUACUGAUAGGCAGAUCAAAAUCGCAAAUCAACACAAAUGUGACUAAUGUCUGCGAAUCGAAGCAACGAAUUAGGAAGAAAACAGAACACAGACGCGGAGUAAACACAUCACGAACCAGUAAAAUAACAAACCUAAAUUAAAUUGAUUAUAAAUUUUAAUAACACUAACGCAUACUUAAUAUUAACACAUGAGAACUAAAACUAUAAAAUCAAUUAGCCAACGCUCAAGUGCGAAUUAGCAGACGACCUAAAACACUAGAAACACUAAAACACAGCUAGGAAUUCUAUUAAAGUCCUCUUAACUUAUAUCAAAUUCAGAUAAAACUCUUUUCCCACUUUCCUUUACUCAUCCGUAACUGCUACGCACACAGAUAACACUAAAGAAAACACAGCCCUAAGAUUAACUAAAAUAUAUCAAGCUGACUUGCAAACUUAAACUAGCUCCAUGCCUAAAAAAAAUUAAAGCCACACACGUGUCAAAAUACGUUUAUACUCGUAUAGGGAAAAUUAUUGAAACAAACUUGCCCGUUUUCUGUUCUAUUUUGCAAAAUUUCGACAACAAAAUUGUUUGGUUGAACGAAGAACCCUGUCGUUUACGUUUCCGCUAUUGCUAGAUCUCAAGUAAAGCAAAAAGUUAAUUAAUAUAAAUAAAUGUAAAAAACAAAAAUAUAUAAAUUAGUUUUAAACUAACGAAAGAAUACUUCCAAUUUUGAACUCAAGUAUAAAGCAAAAUACAAACUGUUGGCAGUUGAUGAAGACGCGUGUGUUUUAAAACGUAUCUAUGAACAUUGUUCAGCAUAAGCCUAAACAAUAACUUUUUUAAAUUUAAAUUACACAUACACAGACACACACACACACCAAACAGUUGCCUAAAGUAAAAAAUAAAACAAAUCGAAAUAAUAAUGAAUUAAAACUUGCGCAAAAUUUGCCAACCAGCAAAGAACUUUAAAUACAUAAUAUUAACCGCAAACAAUAAGAGAAUAUAUACAACAAAUUCUAAAUGACCAUAGUUAAGCUUAAAUUUAGUAACACCACAUACACACACUCACACACACAUAUACACAUAAUUAUUAAAGUAAAGUAAACUGUCGUUGUAGGGGAUGAUGAGAAGCGUGCGCCAUUUUCUAACUACAAUAACAAGAGACAAAUUACUAAAAUUUACUACUUACCCAUUUUUUAUUUUUGAUAAGUUUCCCUAUGAGUUUCCUUGAAUAUUUUACUUUUUAUUGAGAGAGCAUUUCACGCAACUGCAAUUGACUGUUGCCUUCGAAAAAGAAACGGAGAAAUAAUUUUAAAACUUUAAUCAUUUUUUUCUUAAACACACACAAACACAACAAAUAAAUUAAUUUGAUAAGUGAAUUAUGAAAAUUCUAUAACGCCGCGUCUUUUUGCAUGCAAAAUUUUCGACUUUUCGCCCUGGAAAUUUCCACAUUUGGUGACUUAAAACCUUUGAACCCAAUUCAAAUUGCAAAUAUAUAAAUAUAAUUAAUUUUAACGAUUUGUUUAAUUCGAUAACUGUACUGAUUUUAUAUUGUUUUAAAUUUGUAAUUUAAUUUGUAAGUUUUUAUUGUUAAUGUGUUUUUUCUAUUGUAAACUAAAACUAAACUAAAUCUAUAACCCAAUUGGCAAAUUGUUACACAAUCCGUUCAUGUUUAUCGAUUUCGAUUCAAAAAUUGAGUGUAAAAUUUUUACCAAAAUUAUGUGCCGUUAUUUAGAAAACAUUUCUUUGGAGGACCAAAUUUUCCUGCAAGCCCACCCACCCCUUGACCCAUACCUCCCAAAACCCCUAAUUGUGUUAAAUAUUGUAAUUUGUAAUUUUUGUUUUAAUUUUUCGGGAAAGCAAAAACGUUUGGCAAAAUUAGUUUUUAAUUUGAAUAUUUAGUUUUGUUUGUGCGCUUAAGUUUUCAAUAGUAUGUUAUAUAUAUUAAACUAUGAAUAUUAAUUUUUAGCAAAAUAUUUGUACGACCUAACAUAAAUCACUAAUGUUAAAUACUUAAAGAACUAAUUUGUUUAGCUGUUUAAUUGGUUUAAAAUUUUUGUGUAUUGUGAAGAGGAGCGCAAGCAAAAUUAUCUUUCAUCUAAUAACAAUAACAAUAAUUGUAUACGUGUGUAAAUUUCAACUUUUAACAAAAGCAACAGAAUACUGAAUAUAAAUAAAUAAAAAAUAAAGUUGAGAGGAAUCAUGAAAGAAAGCAAAGUGGACAACAAAUUGCAAACUGCGCAUGGAAACUGAGCGAAAAAAAUGAAAAACUUUACAUGAAUUGUGAUGAUGCAAAGGCAAGAUUUAAUCAUAAUUACUAAAUCUAUAUAUACAAUAAAUAUAUAUCUUUCUCUAUAAAUAUAUAUAUUUGAGUAUAUAAUGUAUAUGUAGGCGUAGGAGUGUAUAAUCUAACUUUACUUUUAAACAGACUGCGUACGUAUUAAAAAUUUUUAAAAUUAAUUUGUGUAAAAUGUUUUAAGUUUUGAAAAAUUGGCAAAUAAAGAAAACAAUAAAAAUUAAUAAAUCAAAAAACACGAUUGUAUUGUACAUUGAAAUAUACACACUAUUUCGACCUAUUCCAAAUUAUUUUCCAAACCUUUUCAGCAAAAAAAAUCGUUUCAUGUAUAUUUCAAGAAUCGGCUUAAUCAAGCGCACCUGUUUAUAAAGAAAGAUGAAGGACAGUGGCAGUGGAUGCAAGGAUCUGAUACCUUUGGAUAGAUUCCAACAUUGUUUCUACUUUGAUACACAAAAUAUAAAAAACAAAACACUUGAUUUGUAUGAAGACAAUAUCUGUUUCAGGCAUACAUACACACACGUUAGGAUUAACUUUGCAUAGACCAUUUUUGUUUUACUUUAAAUUUAUAGUUUGUGUGUGUUUUCUUGCUCUUUUAUUACAUAUAUAACCAAUUAUACUUGAUUGAUUUUAAACCCCUUUUUAUAAACUACCAAUUGAUAUACAUCACAAAACAUUUGCAUACAUACCACACGUAUGAAAGAGAUUCAUAAACCGUGAACGUAACGUCGCCAAUUAUUACGAGAUUAAAACAAAUGAAAAUUAAAUAAUACAAAUAAACAAUCAGAGUUCAUCGUAGUGGAAGGCCGAAUGUGAGAAAAAUGGGAGAACAACUUUUACGUCUUAAUAAACAAUUAUUGUUAACGAGAAAAUAAAUGAAAAGAAGCAUAUUGUACUAAAAUA